AUGGAUCACUCGAUGCACAUGGAUCACGGUAUGGAUCAUGGCCACGGCGAUAUGGAUAUGGGUGGCCAGUGCAGCAUGAAUAUGAUCUUUACUUGGUCUUCCGAUAAUCUUUGCAUCAUCUUCCGCCAGUGGCGGAUCACAGGCCCGAUCUCCUUCCUCCUCUCGCUCAUCCUUAUCGUCCUCCUCACAGCGGGCUAUGAAGGGGUACGCCAAAUUACUCGUAAAUACGAGGCAGCACACGCACGACGAUUGAAUGCAUUUACAGCAGUGACAUCCACAGGAGAUGGUGGCAUCACCGACUCAUCCUUCGCCGUCCCCGAGAAUACGGGCCUACCUAUUAAUAACGACGAACGCUCACCACUGCUUGUAGGAAGGGACAACCAGGCCGCAGUUGUGCGCCGGGGGAAGAUCACAUUGGCUACGUUGUAUGCCAUCCAGGUUUUCUAUAGCUUCUUUAUAAUGCUUCUUUUCAUGACCUAUAACGGCAUGGUUAUGAUUGCUGUAGCCGUCGGUGCCUUUGUGGGAUAUUUGGCUUUUGCAGACGGUACUCCUGCUACCAAGUCGGUUGCUUGUCACUAG